GUGCCCAGCUGGAGAAGCUCAUGGAGAACAUGCGUGGCGAGCUGGCGGGGCACCCGCCCGUGGAGGGCUCCUACGUGCCGCGCCGCGGCGACUACUGCAUCGCCAAGUUCGUGGACGGGGAAUGGUACCGGGCCCGCGUGGAGAAGGUGGAGUCAGCGGCCAAGGUGCACAUCUUCUACAUCGACUACGGCAAUAAGGAGACGCUGCCAUCGUCGCGCCUGGCCGCGCUGCCGCCCGCCUUCAGCACCCGCGUGCUGCCCGCCCAGGCCACCGAGUACAAGUUCGCCUUCAUCCAGGUGCCCCAAGACGACGAGGCGCGCGCCGACGCCGUGGACAGCGUGGUGCGCGACAUCCAGAACACCCAGUGCCUGCUCAACGUGGAGCACGGGGGACCCGGCUGUCCCCACGUCACCCUGCAGUUCGCCGACUCCAAGAGCGACGUGGGGCUGGGGCUCGUCAAGGAGGGGCUCGUCAUGGUCGAGGUGCGCAAGGAGAAGCAGUUCCAGAAAGUGAUCACCGAGUACCUGAACGCCCAGGAGACGGCCAAGAGCGCCCGGGGAGAUGCUGGAUGCUCUCCUCAUCCUCAGGGAGAUGCUGGAUGCUCUCCCCCAUCCCCAAGGAGGAUGCGGGCGCCCGGCGUGUGGCUCUGCGGGCUGCUCUGGCUCUGGCUGCCGCUGGCCCGCGGCCGCCCCGUGAAGCUGGAGAAGGUCAAGGCGGAUACGCGGAACCUGGCCCGCACCCUCAGCACCCGCAUCCAGGAGCUGCAG